AUGGCCCCAGCUACGCUGAGUAACGCCGGGGAGGCACAGGAUGAGGCGCCGCGACAGCGACCCAGACGGAAGCACACCGGUGGGGCAGAGGAGGGUUCGAAACGGCGAUCAAGCAGGCGUAACCUCGUGAGCACAGCGUGUAUUGCGUGUCGGAAACGCAAGAGCAAGUGCGACGGUAACCUGCCCGCAUGCGCUGCAUGCUCUCAGGUCUACGGCACCGACUGCAUCUACGAUCCCAACUCUGAUCACCGACGGAAAGGUGUAUACAAGAAUGAACUUGACAACCGCAAGACGCGCAACUUCUCCACGCUACAGACACUCAUAGAAGCCAUCUUGAAUUCUCCAGAAGACGAUGUGUCUAGCCUCGUGCAAGAAAUACGGACAUGCGAAAGCUUGGACGCAGUCGCGGAGAAAAUCGCGGCUAAGGAGCAUGGCAUCGACGGCGAAGACGAAGAGUACGAUGAUGCCAAAGUCUCACACGACAAUGACAGUGUUGUUGGCAGGACAUUCGAGACGCAGCUCUACGGCAAGAUGGGCGACUUGCGGCUAGACGAGGGCUCGGUGAGGUACAUUGGUGGCACUUCGAACCUCAUACACCUCGCGCAAGAAACGUCCUCCAGUGAGUCCCUCGACGAGUACACGCAGCAGGAGGAUCCCAUCACCUCCUGGACGAGUGUCACCGACGAUCCAGAGCUGGUUGUGCACCUGUUGCACAUGUACUUCACUUGGCACUACACAUACUUCACCACCCUGUCCAAGACACUAUUCUACCGCGACUUCUUGCUUGGUAAACCUCCUCUGACCGCCAAGCGGAAGACGUACUACUGCUCGCCGUUACUCGUCAAUGCCAUCCUCGCGCUUGGCUGCCAUUUCACAUCUCGCAGUGGCGGUCGCGAAGACCCAGACGACUCCGCAACAGCAGGGGACCACUUCUUCAAGGAAGCGAAGCGGUUGAUCAUGGAGAACGACGAGCACGAGAAGCCCAGGCUAACAACGGUUCAAGCGCUCGCGCUCAUGUCAGUUCGAGAAGCAGGCUGCGGCAGAGAAGCCAAAGGAUGGGUAUACAGCGGCAUGUCGUUCCGCAUGGCAUGCGACAUGGGUUUAAAUCUCGACUCCGGUCGCCUGACAACGAAUAAGGCUAUCAAUGGCGACGACGCUGAAGAAGACGUUCGGCGUAUCACAUUCUGGGGCUGCUUUCUUUUCGACAAGUGCUGGUCUAACUACUUGGGUCGCCUGCCACAGCUCCCGACCUCGAUCAUCACAGUGCCCAAGGUCGAAGUCUUUCCGGACGAAGACUCGGCGCAAUGGAGCCCAUACACUGAUUCCGGCUUCACACACGCGCACGCCCAGCCGGCACGGACACGAGCUGUCGCUCUGGAAAUAACGAAGCUUUGCGAAAUCAGCAACGAUCUGAUGAACCACUUCUACAACCCAACGGACAUGGAGAAGACAAAAGGCAAAGCUGCUGAGCUCAAAAAGCUGUCCGACAUACACACACGACUUGAGACGUGGCGAAGAGAGCUACCAAAGGAGUUUGAGCCAAGAGAAGGAUGCCUGUCAAGCGUUCUGGUCAUGCACAUGUUCUUUCAACUGUUGUUCAUCCACCUCUUCCGUCCAUUCUUAAAAUACAACCAGCAGACUUCGCCUUUGCCACACAACGUCAGUCCGCGCAAGCUGUGCACCCAAGCUGCCGGCAUGGUGUCUAAGCUCAUGCGAUUAUACAAGCGUUCACAUGGCCUCCGACAGAUCUGUAACAUCGUCGUCUACAUAACGCACUCGGCGUGCACGAUACACCUGCUGAAUCUACCGGACAAGAACGCAAAGCGCGACAUUGUUCAUGGCGUAAAGCAUCUUGAGGAGAUCGCGGACAGUUGGCUCGCCGCAAGACGAACGCUUGCCAUCUUGAGCUUCCUAGCUCGCAAAUGGAACGUAGACCUUCCCGAGGAAGCAUCAGCAGUGCUGGCACGCACAGAUGAGAAAUUUGCAAGCUACGCCAAAGAACUUGAAAAGUCAUCUUCAAACGCGCCUCGACAAGCUUCGGAGCAGAUGCUGAAUCCUGCACAACUCGCAACACAACCUGCCUCAUUGGACUCCACCCUUGCAAACGGCUACUUUACCAACGCGCCAGCAGCAGCCAACACUUUCUGGAACGGCGGCCCUGGCCCUGUACGAAAGCUCAGCGGCACUCACUCGCUACCUCCCAGUGACGCCAACGGCAUACGUGCCGCACAAAUGUCGAGCGCUACCGGCACACCAGUCCCUACGGCAGGCCACCGCUACAGUGGCAGCAGAGACUCAAGACGCACAUCCGCCGCCAGCCCAAGCGACAUGUUCGGCGGCGUUGAGCAACUUUUGCGUGACAGUCAAGAUUGGGUCUUGCGCGAUCAGGCACAGUUCGCCAUGGGCUUCGAAAAUUGGACGGGCAUGGACAUCGAUUCAUCAACAUGGGCCGAAAGACCUACCAAUAACAAUGCUGUCAAUGGCGCUGCUACAAGCAACGGCCCAGUAGCCGCGACUACCAGCCCAGUCCAUGCGAUGAAUGGUGUGCCAAACGGCGGUGCCGCAAAUAUUGCCAACGGACAUCCGGUCGGAACUUGGUUCAAUGGAUCGAGCCCAUACGGCAGCGCCUGGACUUACAAUGAGGAUGAGUGGUAUAUUUAA